AUGGCGCUGCUAUGUCAGUCCUCCGUUUCCCUUUUUCGCAGUGUCGCAGGCAGCAAACCGAAAACAGUCAGUUUCUGUCCGAAACGGCCCAACACACCUUAGACCCGUCCUGUAGCUGGUUAGAAAACACACUCCGGUUCGUGCUUGUCGCACUUUACCCGUGUAUUUGGCUGUGUGCAACUCCUACAUGUCAGAGUGGUAGACUCACAGCCCUGCAGCUUACCGGCAGGCCUCGCUGUUCACCGACUAAGCAUCAGUCCUCACGCCGCCCUUGGGUGGGUCCGGCUCGGCCAAAGAGACAGCAUGGUCCCGGUGCAUCGCUAGCCUCUUGUGAUUAAAGGCGACAGCAAGGGAUGAAUGGUAUCAGUGGGGAAGUGUUUAGCUUGGAUGCUACUGGAGUCUGUUUAUAAGGAUGAACGGCACCCAGCAGACUGAUACAAAGAGGCAGAACCUCCUGGAGAGGCUGCUGGAUGCUGUGAAGCAGUGCCAAAUCCGCUUUGGAGGAAGAAAGGAGAUCGCCACAGACUCAGACAGCAGGGUGAUCUGUCUGUGUGCACAGUUUGAAGCGGUGCUGCAGCACGGUCUGAGGAAGAGCAGAGGUCUGGCCCUCACAGCUGCCGCUCUCAAACAGGCCGCAGGCUUCAGCAGCAAGACUGAAACAGAGUUGACUUUCUGGUUCUACGUGAAGGAGCACCUGAACCGCCACGAGCUCCAGCGGUUUUACUCCCUGCGCCAGAUCUCCUCAGAGCUCGGCCGAGGUCGUGCCUGGCUGCGCUGCGCCCUCAAUGAGCACUCGCUGGAGCGCUACCUGCACACGUUGCUGGCUGACCGCCCCCGUCUCGGAUCUUACUAUGAAGACUGGGCUUUUGUGCUUGAUGAAGAGAGAGCUAGUAUGCUUCCCACCAUGGCUGCAGGUUUGAACUCCAUUCUGUUUGCCAUCAACAUUGACAACAGCGACCUGAACGGUGCCGUAACACGCGGAGGGUCCUCAGUGUCGCACCUCCUCAAGGAGUCCACGCAGGGCAUUGGCAGUUUGUGGAAAGAGUCCACUCAGGGGGUUAGCAGCCUGCUGCGAGAGAUCGGCACAGCCACAGCUGUGGUGCCUGGCUUCACCCCUAAAGUGGAUGGGGCCUCCGACCCACUCCCCGUGGUGCCACGCAGCACCUCUGCUGACUCAGGGCUGAGGAAGGAGCGGCGGAAGAAAAAGAAGAUCACCAACAUCAUUUCCUUUGAUGAUGAUCUGGAUGGAGGAGCUGAGGAUGAGGAGGACGGGGAAGACGACUCCCAGAAGAUUGGCGGGAUGAGGAAAAGUCACACCGCUCCUGCUCAGAGCAGUGUGGAGGAAGGGAUUGACCCUUUGGAGCCGGUCUUCUCUGAGUCGCUUGCCCAGAAUGGCAUGUCUGAGCCGGGCAUAGUCAACUGGGUGGGGUCCCCGCAUCCCUGCCGCACACCUCCCAUAACGGUGCCUCCGCUGCCUGACACCAAGAGUGUAGACAACGAGGAGGAAGAGGAGGAGAUAUAUAAGCCUAGAGCCCAAACCCAAGAGGAAGAGAGGAUACCGAGUGAUCAGGUGGUGGUGGGCAGCCUGUCCAGCGUGUCCACGUGGAGCCCUCUACAAGUCAUGGCUGGACACAGCAGCGCAGACAUCCUCAUUCCUGUGAACCCUGCCGACCCUCAGUCAGUGAGCUCCGUGGAAGACACGGCCGCAUUUCCUGUUCAGUGUGAGUCGGCAGGAUCAGUGGGAAACUGCGAGAGCAGCAGAUCUCAGCUCACGUUCAAUAUGGAGUCCAGUCCAACAACGCAGCCUGCUCCGCUCUCCAGCGCGCUGUCAACAUCUGCUUUGCCCGAGUCCAUGACAGUGGUGGAGCUGCGUCAGGCCAUUGUAGCCAUGAUGAACAGGAAGGACGAACUGGAAGAACAAAACACGUCUCUUCGCAGUCUGCUGGAUGGGGAGAUGGAGCACUCAGCAGGCCUGAGGCAGGAAACCGAUCUGCUGAAGAAGAAGCUGGCAGAACUGGAAGAGAGGCACUCAGCGAAGGUCCAGGCGCUGGCCAGGGAGAAUGAGGUCCUGAAGGUCCAGCUGAAGAAAUAUGUGGGGGCGGUACAGAUGCUGAAGAGAGAAGGAAGCCAAGGCAAUGACGCCCUGUCCGUGUUGCGGUCAAGCGAAGAGCAGACUCCAAUUCCACAGAAUAAGUUCAUGGGCGACAUUGAGGAGCUGGCUGCUAGCUAUGAACGCAAACUCAUCGAGGUGGCUGAGAUGCAUGGUGAAUUGAUAGAGUUUAAUGAGCGCCUGUACCGUUCGCUCAUGGCCAAAGACCACCUCAUAAUCCAGAUGAGACAGGAGCUCAUUGACCUGAGAGGACCGGUUCCAGGUGAUUUAAGCCAGACGUCAGAUGACCCUAGCCUGUCAGAUUUUGAGACGGCUCAUCGCGCUCUCAUCAACGUAUGGAUCCCCUCUGUGUUCCUGCAAGGCAGAGCUGCCAAUGCCUACCACGUCUAUCAGGUGUAUAUCCGCAUCCUGGACAAUGAGUGGAAUGUGUACAGGCGUUACACCGAAUUCAGGGAGCUCCACAAUCAUCUGAGAUCACAGUUUCCUCAGGUGGACACCUUCAACUUCCCACCCAAGAAAGCCAUAGGGAACAAGGAUGCCAAGUUUGUGGAGGAAAGAAGGAAGCAGCUGCAGGGCUACCUUCGCACGGUGAUGAACAAGCUGAUCCAGACGCUGCCAGAGUUCACAGCCAGCCCCACCAAAGAGACGCUGCUGUCGCUGCUGCCUUUCUGUCAAGACACACCCCAAGCCAACGAUGGCGGAGCCAAGACGCCACGGUCGAAAACUUCGUCGCGUUUUCCCAGACUGGGCCGCAGGAACACCCAGGAAGCCAGACCUGAACCUCAGAGUGGUGACCUUUAACCCGAGGGCCUUUGAACUCAGAUCUGGGGACGAUGUUGCAGUGCCUCUGGACUGUGAACCACAGGCUCAAAUGUGUGAAAGGACAUUUGGAGCAUCUGAAGGACACUAAAGGCGUUACAGAUAAAACGCCUGGGUCACCUAAACCUUCACUGCAGGCAAUUCCAGGAGAAUAUGAAAAGAUUUCUUUGUGCUGCCUGGCUAAGUAAGGGAUGAAUUGCUCCCCUGAAACUGCCUAUUGAUGGACCCAAUCAAAUAGUGUCUUUUACCUCACUGAGAGACUGAAAGACUCUCUGCCAAGACUCUUUGUAAGACUCUAUAAGCUGCACAUGGACUAGCUUGGAAUCUUCUCUAUUUUCUCAAACACACUGGGAUGAUGGGGACAUGUUGUUUUUCUUAAGUUUUGUAGUGAAAGUAUUUCAUGGUCACAGUGCCUACAGUAUUUGUAGCUGCAUUCCUGCUCUGGGUUGGUAGGGAACGGGUUUGCUUAUGAAGGAGGUCAAAGGGGGGGGAUUAAAGUCUUUGGUUGGAAAUGAUUUUUUUUUCUCUGCUUAUGUCUCAGCAUUUUAGUGCCAUUACAUUUUUGGACAACACUGAUUCACCAUCAGUGGCGUGGACCACCAGGCAACGGGCAUUCCUUCUUCCUGCUUCUGAUAUAUUAUAUGACUUUUAUAGAAAAUCUGUGAUAUGUGUGACAUAACUUAAUGUUACCAUGGGUGCAGUAAUUAUCAAAAGAAGUUAGAAAUUCAAUUUAAUAAUCACGGUAAAGGAUUUGGUUUAAACACCAAACUAAACUAAAAUAUCUAAGAGACUGUGAAAAUGUCUGGGGAGUCAGUUUCACUUAAAAAGGAAAAAAAAGAAGUUUCUCCUUUUUCCUUCCCUUCAUAGUUUUUGAAUAGCCCCUUGCUAAAUGAAUAAAUGGCUGUAAAUGAGUGUAAAUUUGUAUGUCCUCUCAAAAAUACAUGAUCACAUAACCAGUGAUCUUAGUUUGAUGCACGGUUAUAAGGUUUGGGAUAACCAGGAUUGUGACUUAGAAUAAAAGCAGCCACAUUUUAUGAGUAAUAAAUGGAGGCAAUUUAUUCCAAAAGAUUCUUAAACCUUCCCUGCAAACAUAAUAUGGACAUAAAUAUUGGCCCACACCUCUUUAUUUUCGAAUUCAGGGGUUUUCAGUCCCAUUGCCACAGGUCUAUAAAAUCAAGAACCUAGCAGUGUGCUCCACCUUUGCAAAUUUUACAAACGCAACCAACUGUGAGAGGUAUCACUUCGAAGAGCAAGCAUUAGGAGUACGGCAACUCGAGCCACAAAGUUGCAGACUAUGUGUAGUAACAAAGCAGCGUUGCCGAGUGCUGAGGCACACAGUGCAUAAAAGUGACUCAAUAUCUGCAGGUGUUAACAUCAGCUUAGAAACUGUGCACCAGGAGCUUCAUGGCAUCGGUUCCCAUGAUCGAGCAGCUCCUAUAGAUGUAAUGAGAUGGCCCAGUACAUUUGUCCUUGUGUGAUAUCAAUUCGUGUCGUACAUAUUUUAAGAUUAGAAAACGGUAAAAUAAUAAAAUACCACUAAAAUUUACCAAAUAACUCUUUUACCGAAAAAGUUGACUUUUCUGUAAAAUGCUAAUAAACAGAACGCGAUCAUCUGCAAAUGAUUUCAUGAUAUUGAAAAUAGUACACAAGCACUGAGGCACAUCUUGCACAUUUAUAAAGCACCAUUAAUGCUGACCCAUUAUUUCUCCAAGGCAAUGCAUUUGUCACAACAGCACGGCUCUGUAGUGAAAGACUUGGGGAGUUAAUGUAGCCAGCCUGCAGUGCAGACCUAUUACUAAACUAAAACAAAAGAUAUGACAAAGGAGGCUCUAAACUGUGAAACAUUAGAAAUCUUAUUUUUUAAAAAGUAAGAUUAAUAAAAUAUUUCACUUCUAAAAUGAUGCAAGUUAGUGGAAAACAUUGUGUCUUUGGGACAAGAGACUGGCUUCAUAUUUAAAACGGACACGUUUUCAAAAAUAUCUAGAAAAAUGACCAGUUAUAACAUUGGAUAUGUUGUCUUUGCAUCCAUUUUCAAAUAAAUAUGAGUCUUUAAAUUAUUUGCAUUAUCAUUGCACUCUGUUUUUAAUUAUAUUUUAAACUGGUUUGUUUUUGGUAGGGGGGAACACGAUUGUGAAAUAGCUGUGUUUUGGAGGUUUACCCUCCUAUUCAUUACAUAAAUAUGGGUGAUUAUCAAAGGUCGACUGACUGAACUGCAAUUCAAUAUUUAAUGAUUGUUUUGCUAAUGUGUCUUAGCAAGAUUUUCAUGCGGCGUUAUGUUGCAAAUGAAUGUUUUAAAAAUGACUAAACACUUGAAGAAAAGCUGCUUGUUAGAGUGCAAGCAAAGUGCUGCCAAGCAUCAAGUGUGGUGUAAAGCAGGAGCUCAUGCAUAUGCAUAGAUUACGCAAGAGUAGUCGGACUACGUUCAAAUGAGUGAUUGUGUUAGAAGGGCUUUGGGAAACUUGUAUCAAAGGGGGCGGCUCGCAAAAGUGGUAAACACUCCUGACUAUUGUUGAUGGGAGGUUAACAGAACAAGCCUCGUGUGUUUUUAAUUAAGUUGAUAUUCUAAAACACACAAAAAAUGACCCCCGCUAGUAUCGAGCCGCUGGUAAACACUCCAGUCAUGGCAGGAAACUGUCACACGACUUUCAUCAAUAUAUACAGGUUUUUAAUCCCUGAGAUAGUUGUUAUCAUUCCUUUUAUAUGACUGUGAUACAAUAAAACACUGCAGGUGCAGAACUGCCUUAUAGAAAAUAAGCCCACACAUCAUGAUUGUGUGUAAUCUGUACUGCUAGCAAACAUGUCGUGUGUUCAUUGUAGUAAUAAAAAAGCAGCUGUUUCACUCAUCAGUUUUACAGUGAAGGUGGGAAUCAUUUAACUUUUCAGCACAAAUAUUCAUACGAUAUAUGUGGUAGUGUCCUGUACAGCAACUGUAUGCAGCAUCAAUCAGAAAGCCACCAUCACUGAGCUUUAGACUGGAUGGUGCCCACAUUAAUCAAACAGCUCACCCAGCUGCAGUUGAAGUUUAGGGUGCAUUUAGCUGUUAGUGGCUAAUAUAACCUAAAAGACAGAAACAAGGAGCUAAUUUAUCAGAUUUGUACAGCUCCUGCUAAUAACAAAAAGCUUUUGUGAUUUAAGACUUAAGAAACCCUUAAAGCAGCUGAUUGAUACGCUUUGGGUUUUUUAUAGCACUAUGAAGCAUCCAUAUACACGCUGUUUCUAUUUUGACCAAGGCUCCCAAUCUCCUGUUGAUGUAAACAAUUCAGUAUAUUUAAAACGUUUAAAAAAAAAAAAAGAAGCUUUGCAAUUAUUUUAUUUUGGAGAAAAAGCACUCAAUACUCCACAGGGCUUAUUUUAAACCUGAAACUCUGUGACCACUGCUGCCCAUCACACACUUCUUUACGUAUUUCAGGUAGUCUUAAAAUGCUCAGUGGUGGAGCUUCCCUUCUUUUUGGGUAGAGUUUUCAGUACAUCAGUAUUCUUUCAAACGAGUCCAUCUCCUUCCCCCGUAAUUGCUUGCUGCACCUUGAGGCUGGUAACAAGAGUGAUGACAAGCAAAGAAAGUGAAAUUGGCUUAUUGAGUUGCAGCCAAACUGUUCUCUUUGUAGUAUGCCUCGUUUGUUCUUAUGUACUCCUCUGUCCUUGCCUUUUGUCGGCGGCCUGGCCUUAUCCAUCACUGUCACAGCAAAGAGGGACUGAACAAUAAAGAGCAUCGCAUCUACGCUACCAACACUUCUGUGUCACUUACUGUCAUUGUUAACAUUGUCGCUCGCGUUCACGGAUGAAAGCA